AGUCAUGGAUUCUAGAAAACUGUUAAUGGAAAAACUGCUCCUUUGUUUCCUCUUUCGGUUCUCUGUUUCAAUUGACACCAUAUCACCAAUCCACUCGGUUAAAGAAGGCAAUAUCAUCGUCUCCAGUGGGAACGUUUUCGCUCUCGGAUUCUUCAGCCCUGGCAAUUCAAGAAACCAUUAUGUCGGAAUCUGGUACAACCAAAUUCCAGAACAAACAGUGGUGUGGGUUGCAAACAGAGACAGUCCUAUCAAUGACGCAUCCGGUGUUUUGUCAAUCAACAAUCAAGGAAACCUCGUGCUUCACCAAGGCAAUCAAACAGUAUUCCCUGUUUGGUCUACUAAUGUCUCCAUCAAGACGGGCUCCAAGAAUACUGUAGCGCAGCUCUUGGAUUCUGGGAAUCUUGUUCUGUUUCAGGAUGAUACUAAAAGGACUCUUCUCUGGCAGAGUUUUGAUUAUCCAUCCAACACAUUUCUUCCGUAUAUGAAAUUGGGGUUGGACCUAAAAACCGGCUUCGAAUGGUUCCUGACUUCCUGGAAGUCCCGAGUUGACCCUGGAACUGGGAACUACUCGUUCAGGAUAGACCCAACAGGUUUCCCUCAGUUGUCCUUGUACAGGGGAUCCGAUCGUUUGUGGCGGGCUGGGACGUGGACGGGGCGAAGAUGGAGCGGAGUACCCCAAAUGGUUCAGGGUUACGUUAUUAUCAACGUUAGCUUUGUCAACAAUGAGGAUGAAGUGUACAUUACGUGGGGUAUCACCUUCCCGUCCAUAAUCACUAGGCUGAUCGUGAAUGAGACUGGAGUUCAACAGAGGUUUACAUGGGAUGCAAAAGAAAAUCGCUGGAUCGGGUUCUGGUCCGCCCCAAACGAACUGUGUGACUAUUACAAGCAUUGUGGGCCGAAUUCUAUUUGUAACACAUACCCUGUAGACAAGUCAAACAGUUACGGGUGCUCAUGUUUACCAGGGUACGAACCCAAGUUGCCUGAACAAUGGUACCUUAGAGAAGGGAAAAGUGGAUGCAUAAAGAAGCGUAGUAACGUAUCCAUGUGUCAAAGCGGAGAGGGAUUCGUGAAGGUAGCACAAGUGAAGAUACCAGAUACAUCGGUGGCAAGCGCACAGCUGAACUUGGGGUUGAAACAGUGUGAAAAAAUGUGCUUGGGUAAUUGUUCAUGCAUGGCUUAUGCAACUGCAUAUUAUGAGAUGGAUAGAGGGGUUGGCUGCUUGAUGUGGCAUGGCAAUUUGGUGGAUACCAGGACCUAUCCUGAUGAUGGACAAGAUUUGUAUGUAAGGGUUGAUGCGGUUGAGCUAGUUCUUGCUUUUCUCUUUGCUUUAGCUCAAUAUGCUAAAAGGAGGGGUCCACUUGACAAGAAUGGAAUAUUGGCAAUUCUGAUAGUUUUAGUGGCUGUAAUUCUUUUCACGGUCGUGGUCACAUGCUACUUGGUAAGGAGGAGAAUCAAAGGGACAAGAAGACGAAAGAAUUAUCGGUCUAGUUCAUUGUUCUUGAAGGACUCUUUCAAAACAAAUGACUUUGACGAAAACAGCAGUGCAGAUUUGCCAUUCUUUGAUUUACGCACCAUUGCUGCAGCUACAAAUAAUUUCUCUCCUGAUAAUAAACUUGGAGAAGGCGGCUUUGGCCCUGUUUGGAACUUGUGGAAAGAAAGUAAGGCAAUGGAGAUAGUGGAUUCAUCCCUAGGGGAAUACUCAUCGUCUCAGGCGGAUGAAGUUUUGAGGUGCAUCCAGAUUGGGUUGCUGUGUGUGCAAGAAUCCGCAGCGGACCGGCCGACAAUGUCUACCGUUGUGUUCACGUUGGGCAAUGAUAAAGCGGUCCUUCCUCCUCCGAACCAGCCUGCAUUUGUGGUGAAGAAGGCACACAAUGUUGAUGCAGGUGGGGGCACUGGCUCUAAUAAUGAGGUGACUCUUACUCUGGUUCAACCUCGUUAGAGGUUUACCUUUGUCGGAAUUUUGUCCUGCAACAGUUUCCAUGAGAAUGCUAAAAUUUUAUUGGGAAUUAACGCAUUCCAUACUUUUUGUAUAUUUGAUUUCUGUUGCAUGCUCCUUUGCUCCAUUGUAAGUCUUUGAUAUGCUGAACUUGUUGUGUAGUUUCCGUCCUUGCAAUGGAUCCAUUUCCACAAAUCUAGUUUCCCUCUUUCUAUGUUGAUGUCUUGCAUCAGCAUCUAGAGUUCUGAUUCAUGUUGUUCUUCCCAGCUGUACAUGUUUCUCCUCCAUUUUAGGUUCCAUUUCCAUGAAUCAUUUUGCCACCCACCCAUUUGAGAGAUCUUAUUGUUCUUCCCUACAAAUAAUAUGUAAAGCCUUGG